AUGAACGGCCGCGAGGUGAACAGGGCGGAGAGGUUCGAGGAUGAAAAGAGGAGGAUAAUCGACAGCUGCUUCGCCAAGCGCGACGAGGAUGGCUCCCAGUACCAAACCUCCCCAACGGCGCCGCCCCCGCCCUCAGCAAGGACGCCUCAGUACGAAAAGCCCCGCGUCAUUAUCGUCGCCGUGCGCAAAUCAGGCCGCGUACGCGUGCACAAGUCCAAGGAGAAUCCCAAUGGCACUUUCUCGAUCGGCAAGACCUGGUUCCUCGACGAUUUGACGGCGAUCGAGUCCUUUACGAGUCCGACUGUUAACCCAAACGCUCAACAGUGGGCAGGAGAUGUGGGGUUUGUCGUAUCGCUUGGCAAGCCGUAUUACUGGCAGGCCCAGUCCGACAAGGAGAAGAAGUUCUUCAUCGCCAGCCUGAUCAAGAUUUUUAACAAGUACACCGGCGGGCGAAACCCUACGUUGACAGGUUUUGAACAGCGCGAGCUCGACCAAGUCCUCGGCGGGGCCCAAGUAGCUCGACGACAAGAACGACCGCCCCCUCGGCCCUCUCCACUAGACACUGCGCCAAACAGCACAAAUGCUUCCGUUUCUUCUGGAUACAAUGCGCCUCUCAGCGCCCAAAAUUUUAGCGCGCAAGCCACUCCGGCACCGGCAGGUUUUCGUGAAAGGAUGGGCUCCCGCAAUCCCUUGGUGCCGAACGGAACGUCGUCGCCUGCCCAGAGCAUUGAUACGGGGCGGCCUUCCCAGGACCAUCAGUCGCUGCGCAAGCUCGCCUCCGGCAACAUGAGCCAAGACUCGGUCGCAGCGUCAUCCAUCUCGAGAAGCGAAGACGCAAUCAGUUUGCGGCCGAGUACGAGAAAUGGACCGACCGGCUCCUCUCCUUACAUUACUCCUGAGCCGACCCCGGCCCCAGCAUCCGAGGAGAAGCCCCCUGAGCGGAAACGGCCUCCAAUGGAUCCUUUGCGACCGUUGGGGGUCGAUAAGAACCUAAUACCCGCCCCGCUCAUGAGCCCAGGCAUGCGCCGAGAGCCGACAGUGCCGCCGCGAAACGUAGAAAGAGUUGCGCCUCGAAAGGACUCGAUUAGUCGCCGAAACGAAACUCCACCUCGAGCCGAGGUCACGACACCCAAGCGGUCCCCCAGUCCCGCCGUUUCAACGCCUCCUUCUGCCCCCCCAGCAUCUUCCAUACCACCUAUCCCCACGCCGCCGACCGAUAAUGUCGUACCCGAGCCUCCCCCGGAGCCUGAAGAGGAACCGAAACCGGGGCUCAAGUCCAUGCUUAACAAGAAAUCCAAGGGGGAAAUUGCCGGAGCAUUUUGGAAAGCCGCGAGCGCGGCCAGCGCGUUUAAGCCGAGGCCGGGCGGUGCCGCGGAGCGUCUGCGAUCGAACCAGAACAAGACUAGCGAUGGUCCCGAUGGUAUUACGAGCGUGGUCCCAGCGCCACCGAAACCCGUACCGGUCCAGAAGCCGCCAGAGCCUGCCCCGGCCGAAGCUGCUGUCCCUAGUAUCCCCGAAGUCAAGAUCACCGGUUCCGAUUCCGCGACGGGGCCGACCAGCGCCCAACCACCGAUUAAGGAUCUCAAGGAGAAAAAGGAGAAGAAGGCUGAAGAGGCCCCAACGGUGGAGGGGCCACAUCCCUCCCUGCUCGACAACCGGACGAACGAGUUUGCCAAGUGGUUGGACUACUUCGGGUGGGUUCCGGGCGAGAAGAUGCGCUCGCGCAACUUUGACGAGAUGCGAACAGACCUUGACCGCGAGCUGAGCAAGGCGCAGGCCGGCGGCUGGCUCGCCCGUUUCCAGGAAGAGGAUGAGCGGGUUGAGGCCAUCAAGAGGGGCAUUGACUUGUCCAUCAGCGAGUGUGAUGAGUUGGACAACUUGCUAACGUUGUACAGCGUUGAGCUAUCCACACUCUCGGAUGAUAUUGCGUACAUCGAAGCCCAGGGCCAUGGCCUCCAAGUACAAGCCGCAAAUCAGAAGCUGCUCAGGAAAGAACUAGAGUCGCUGCUCGAGACUUGUGCUAUCAGCGAAUCCGAUCUCGACGCUCUGAAAAUGGCGCCCCUGGAAACGGCAGCUGGCGUGGAGGAUAUCGAGGCUUCUCUCGUCACGCUGUUCAAGGCCAUGAUCAAGAUCGACCCAACACUGGGCAACAGCGAGUCGCGGAAAAGCGAGGACAUGAAUGGUGACCAGUCCCUCGGCCUUGACAGCGACUACGGCAAGAUGCGCAUCGUCCAGGAGAAGAAGGAAAUGUACCUCGCCGAGAGCUCCCAAUUCAUGCGUCGGCUCGUGAUCUUCAUGGAGCGGCACUUCUCGGAAGCCUUCCGCGAGACAAAGAUGGCGCUUGAUGGAGCGUUGGCGAAAAAGGCCGACGCUCGGAACCAUGAGCCCGGAAGAGACCUCUUGUGGAUGUACAGCCCCUUGAUUCUGUAUGCCAGGGACGUCGACCUCGAUAACUGGAAUCGCAUCCUCCAGAUUUACCAGGACCGGAGCCAUCCGAUCUACAAGGCCGAAUUUAGGGAGGCCAUAGAAGCGUGGAAGAAGACCGUGAGGAAGGUGACGGGUGAUGAGAGCGAGCUCCUUUUUACAUCACAGCAGGAGAAGAAGGAAGAGGGGCUCGCAACGACGGCCCGGAAACUCACUGUCAAACGUAGCCAAACACUGGCGAGGAGUCUCCGGUCCCCGCUUGGCGACGGCAGCCGGACGAACCUAGCCGAGAAGACACCGGACGGCAGGGCGCUGCCUUACGAGGUGUUUGCUGGGGUUUUGGAUGACUUGCUACCGUUAGUGGAGAUGGAGCAGAACUUCAUCGUUGACUUCUUCCACGCGACGACCCUCGAGCAGUCCGACUUCCCGGAUCUCGUCACAGCUUCGCGGCCCCACGACCGCCGCGGUGGCGAUCUGAAACGGCACCGCUUGAUGGAGCCCGACCGCGACCUCGCGCGCCGGGUCACCAAGGCCAUGGAGGCGAUAUUUAUGUUCCUAGAAUCCAAUCUGCAGCAGCUGAUGGACUGGGUGUUGGUCAUGGAUCCUCUACAAGGGGUAGGCAUCCUGGCCACCCUCGAGCGCAAAAUGGCCGACAUGAGCCAGUCCAACCAAGACUUCCUCAACAACGUCCUCCAAAAGCUGCACGGCAACCUCGAAACCAAGUUCAAGAAGUUCGUCGACGACCAGAUCCGCGCCAUCGAGGAGACCAAAGUCAAGAUCAAGAAACGCAAGGGCGUCAUCCAUUUCAUCCGCAUUUUCCCUCACUUCAGCACAGCUGUCGAAAACAUGCUCGGCUCCACCGACCCCUCCCUCGCCGUCCGGCGCAUGGUCGACCGCGAGUACGACCGGCUGCUCAAGUCCAUGUUCGACUCCCUCAAGGUGAUCGCGCGCGAGAACCCGGCACUCGGCAGCACCGGCAUUUCAUCCGCCGCCACGGCCGCCUCGGCCGUCGCCGACCCAGAGGACAAGGAAGCCCUCAACUUCCACAUCCUCCUCAUCGAGAACAUGAACCACUUCCUCGAAGAAGUUGACAACGCGCGCCACCUCGAGGUCCUCGACGACUGGCGCGACGCCGCCCAGCGCGAAAUGGCCGAGCACCUCGGCCUCUACCUCAACGCCGUCAUGCGCCGCCCCCUCGGCAAGCUGCUCGAGCACCUCGAGAACAUCGAGGCCCAGCUGCAGGGCGGCAAGAGCGCCGCCGGCAUCGCCGCCCAGCCCAGCAACACCAAGGCCGUGUUUAACAAGGUCCUCGGCAACUAUGAUGGCCGCGAGGUCAGGAAGGGCAUCGAGGCGCUGCGGAAGCGUGUCGAGAAGCACUUUGGCGAUGAGGAGGCUGGCGGGGGCGGGUUGACGGUCGGUGGCGGCGGGGCCGCUGGCGUGCCGGCGUUGCCCGGGCGGAGUAGUAUCGCUGUGGGUGGGAAUAGCAGUUUGGUGAACAGGGUCACGAAGGAGUGUGAGAAGUUUUAUGGCGAUGUGGAGAUGCGCGUGGGGAGGGUCACUACGGAUGUGUAUGGCGGGGAUGUGCUGUUUGAGUGGCCGCGUGCGGAGGUCAGGAGCGCGUUCUCAAAUGGGGCUGGGAGUCUCUCUUCUUGGAGUACCACCUUGGCCACGGCUUUUGGUGUUUGA